CCGCCCUCCUGCCUGUGGACUCUGCCUCCUCCUUCACGGAGAUGUCCUGCAGAAUCCAGCUCCCGGGGCCGAGUCAUCAGCGUGGCCACCAGUGCCUGUGGUAGGAAGCAAAGCAUGGACUCCCAGGAUCUGAGCUCCACUCUCCUUACCCCUGUUGCCCGCUGCCCUGGGCCUGUGGGGUCAAGGGAGAAGUCGCCUGAGUGCCACCACCUGAGAACCGGAGUGCCGGGUGGGAGGAGGAAAAAGGAAUGGUCCUGCUCGCUCCUUGUGGCCUCUUUCGUGGGCGCCUUUGGCUCCUCCUUCCUGUACGGGUACAACCUGUCGGUCGUGAACGCCCCCACCCCGUACAUCAAGGCCUUUUACAAUGAAACAUGGAAAAGAAGGCAUGGACAUCCAAUAGACCCAGAUACGCUGACUCUGCUCUGGUCUGUGACUGUAUCCAUAUUUGCCAUCGGUGGCCUUGUGGGAACAUUAAUGGUGAAGAUGAUUGGAAAGUUUCUUGGCAGGAAAUAUACUUUGCUGGUCAACAAUGGGUUCGCAAUUUCCGCUGCAUUGCUGAUGGCCUGUUCUCCCCAGGCAGGAGCCUUUGAGAUGCUCAUCGUGGGACGCUUCAUCAUGGGCAUAGAUGGAGGCAUUGCCCUCAGCGCGCUCCCCAUGUACCUGAGUGAGAUCUCACCCAAGGAGAUCCGCGGCUCUCUGGGGCAGGUGACUGCCAUCUUCAUCUGCAUUGGCGUGUUCACCGGACAGCUGCUGGGCCUGCCAGAGCUGCUGGGAAAGGAGAGUACCUGGCCAUACCUGUUCGGAGUGAUCGUUGUCCCGGCCUUCACCCAGCUGGUGAGCCUGCCCUUUCUACCUGAGAGCCCACGCUACCUGCUCUUUGAGAAGCACAAUGAAGCAGGAGCGACAAAAGCCCUUCAGACGUUCCUGGCCAAGGAAGAUGUCUCCCAGGAGAUGGAGGAGGUCCUGGCCGAGAGCCAGGUGCAGAGGAACCUCCGCUUGGUGUCCGUCCUGGAGCUGCUGAGGGCUGCCUUCGUCCGCUGGCAGGUCAUCACUGUGAUUGUCACCAUGGCCUGCUACCAGCUCUGCGGACUCAAUGCGAUUUGGUUCUACACCAACAGCAUCUUUGGAAAAGCUGGGAUCCCCCCGGAAAAGAUCCCGUACAUCACCCUGAGUACAGGAGGCAUCGAGACUCUGGCUGCCGUCUUCUCUGGCUUGGUCAUCGAGCGCCUGGGACGGAGACCUCUCCUUAUUGGUGGCUUUGGGCUGAUGGCCUUCUUCUUUGGGAUCCUUACCAUCACGCUGACGCUGCAGGACCACGCUCCCUGGAUCCCUUACUUGAGUAUCGUGGGCAUCCUGGCCAUCAUCGCCUCUUUCUGCAGUGGGCCAGGUGGCAUCCCAUUCAUCUUGACCGGUGAGUUCUUCCAGCAAUCACAGCGGCCAGCUGCCUUUAUGAUCGCAGGCACCGUCAACUGGCUCUCCAACUUUGUUGUCGGGCUUCUCUUUCCAUUCAUUCAGAAAAGUCUGGACACCUACUGUUUCCUCGUCUUCGCUGCAGUAUGUACCGCAGGGGCCAUCUACUUGUAUUUCGUCCUGCCUGAGACCAAAAACAGAACCUAUGCAGAAAUCAGCCAGGCAUUUGCCAAAAAGAACAAGGCACACCCACCAGAGGAGAAAACUGGCUCAGCUGUAACCGAUGACACGAUGAACGGGAGGCCUGAACAAGGUUCCUCCUCCAUGUUGGAUAAUUACAUCAAAAAUAGGAUUGUCUAAAUGGAUGAUGUCACCAUUUCAGAAAGCCAAACAUCUCCCCAUUUUCAGAGGCUUAAACUGAUUGAAACCAUGUAAGUUUAACAUUAUUAGGUAAAAAAAAAAAGAAAGAAAGAAAGAAAAAGAAAGAAGAAAGAAAGAAAAAGAAAAAGCUAUCAAUAAUUUAACAUCACAACCCUUUUGGCCUCAUUCACAGCCAAAUCUCCCAAAGUCUUCUAGAUGUUGAAAAGAAUCACCCUAUGUUUAAGUAGGAGCCAACAUUCUUCUACAUAGACCAAAAGCCCACCUCCCUCAUGAUGAAAUUGGGGAAAACAGUAUUGAAGUGCUUCUCAAAGAAAAACUAUGGGGUCUGACUGAGGACUUGGUGGGCUGGAAAUCGCACCCUGAGGCUGUAGUCUCAGGUUUAUUAUAAUUAUCUUUCACCUGCCCUACACCUGGAUCCUGAAGCAUCAGUGACCCUCAGCUUUGGUCCUGAAUGUGACUUUCGUAUUUUAGUGGUAAGACUCUUCUUACCUCCUAAUAAAUAUCUGUUACUAAUAUUGACUCUGCCUUGUGGAUCACAGGCUUAAAAGAGCCUAAUACCAGCCUACCGCCCUGAAGGUUCUGCCUUUCCCAGGUUGUGUUCCAUGGGGUUCAAGACUUCCGGGUCUGAAGCUAUCUUUGCCUCAGACUAUUACAUUCAUUGCUCACAGAAGGCUUUAAAAAAAAUCAAUAUGUAGAAGACCUAGAAAAGCAGAUAUAACAAAUAACUUUCCUGUAUCUAGGGCAGGAUUGCGAGUUGAACUUUGAGAUGGAGUGGUAUGUAUAGGGUUGUUGUAAGGAUGAAAUGAGAUAGGCUCUCAACUAAAAAACAAAAUUGAGGCUAAUUCUCAGGGAUAACCUAGGCUUGGUAGGAAAGAGCAUUGUAAUGAUUGGUCAUGCCUGUCUUGGGAACAGGAAUGAGACAUAGCACAUGUACUUCAUGCUUGCCAAGUCUAGGAGAUGUUUAUCUGAAAAUGUAAUGAGCUGCCUUAAAAGAUAGUGAGUUCGCCAUUACUCAAAGUACUCAGGCGAAAGCUGGAUGUUUACUUACCUCAAAUAUUAUUAAGGGAAUUAUGUGUCAAUUAUUGACGAAGGGGUUUGGACUAGGUAUCUUUCAUGGCUCUUCCAACUUUCACAUGCUACAGUUGUUCUGGUUGGAGCAACUUGCAGCCUGCCAUUGUAAUGCAUGGCUGUGCUUUGACUGAUUUCUUAUGCCUGCCUCCAAAACAAAACGAAGUCCCAUAAGUAAAUGAAAGUGCAUUUGAACUAG